AUCACAUCGUAGGGGAAGAAUAAUGUGACACAAACCCUCAGCUCGGGGUUUCGUUUCUACUGUGCGACAGGUUUCACGUGCGCUGUCGUCUCGGACCAACUUUGUCCAAGUCGGUGGGACCCGGUGACCCACGGUGUUCCCCGAGGCGGCGUGACAAGUUUGUAGAGGGGGAGGAAAAAAAGCACUCGCGUCACUAUUUUUAAAUGGGUACAGUGAGAUUUGGAGGGGGCGUGGACGGUAGAGGAGCAGCGGUGAGCAUGUUGGCUCUUGGCUGCGGCUCCAGUGUAGUGAUGUGCCGGCUGGAAGAACCGGACUACGUGUAGACUGAGCGGCUUGUCGCGGAAGCUUGCGGUUACUGUCAAUAUCGUCGGCAGCCGACUUUUUGUCAUUUUUAAAGCCCGUUUUGGCGUCCUUUUGGAUUUAUUCAUUCAACGCGCUCGCGGUUUGCGAUACAGAGGACUCUAAGGAAGGAGGAUAUAAGCUGUGAAAACGUUUUUGGUUUUUGAAGACGCAGCAGCUGCCGUGCGUAACGCACACAAUCUGGUUGAGAAGCUGUUUUGAUUACAAUAGUUUGAGACAACUGCUUUCUUAUUUGUUUAAGGAAGCCUACGUUUUGGGACUGACUGCGCAUGGCAAGUCACCGAAAUGACAUUUGGGAUUUGAAAGCUGUUUCAAGUGAAACUCGCGUGAUCUUCCUUUGUAAGUACGGACAGGUGUUGCAGUCAAACUCAGGCUGAACCUUUAAUUCACUUACGGCUCUGUUAUGUCGUGCAUUACCGCGGACUCGUGAGGUUGGGGAUUGGACCAAACCUUUGGUACGGAUAAUCCACAACAUGUUUAAUGCCGACAUCUUUACUUUCCUAACACUUGGAGAGAGCACACGCCAUCAUUAACAACCACAUAAUGCGUUUGAAACGCCGAAUGGGAAAGUAAGCAUCACUUUAGUGUCUUCUUUCGUCCCGAGUUGUGGCCGAUCUGGCAACAUCCAAAAUGACAAGCAACGGACCUGUCAUCGUGUACGAGUGGCUGAAGACCCUCCAGCUGGCCCAGUACGUCGAGGCUUUUGUGGAUAAUGGAUAUGACGAUCUGGAGGUUUGCAAACAAAUCGGAGACCCCGAUCUGGAUGCCAUCGGGGUCUACAUCCCUCACCACCGGCAAAGGAUCCACGACGCGGUGAGGAGGCUAAAAGAUGAAGCCAACGAGACGGCUAGUGGACUCUAUUUCACCUUGGAGCCGAUGCCACCCGCAUCCGAGAUUUACACCAGUCACAUGGUGGACCAGUAUGAGUCCAAACUGCGGGGAUCCAAGUCCUGGACCGAGCCCAACAGUGACCGGAUCGGGCGCAACGGUGGCUACAUGGGCGCGCAGAGGAACCUGACGCUGGGCAACAGGAGGGAGCUGGUGAUUUACCCCAAGCUGAAGCUGAAGAUCAUGAUCAGGGAUAAGCUCAUCAGAGAUGGAAUCAACCUCGCCAAGCCGCCCUACUCUAAUAAGGAUGGUUCUCUGGGCAACAUAGAUGACCUAGCCCAGGAGUACUCUGAGUACUACAACACCUGCUUCAGUGACGUCAACGACCGCAUGGAGGAGCUACGCAAAAGACGAGUCUCCCAAGAGGUUGACAUGGAGAAACAAGAUCCAAGCAGCACAUCCCUGCAGCUCCGUUCUGAGAUCCAGGAAUCAUUAGGCUUCAGCAGUGAGGUGUCCACUCCAGAAACAGACAGAAAGUACGUUUUUCUUCUAUUCAAUCUCUUUCACAUGUGACCGGAGCAAGUGUGGAAUCAUGAACCACGCUUUGAUUGAACUGUGUUGUCUGUUGCAUGUCAAAACAAUGUGCAGCACAGCAGGCAGGCUGUGUCUGGAUUGCAUCAAACCGUACACGCCUGCACACAUAAUCACGGAUCACACUUAGCCUUUCUGCACGUCCGCAGCUAAAGAUGGAGAGCCAAGUGGAAAUGCACCCACCUCCAUCAGAUCUCCAUAGAUCUCUCACGCGACAGCUCGGACAGAAGGUCUCUGACCUUGCCCGUGGGGGAGUACGGGUCAGUGCCUCAGGUCGAAAAUUUAAACCGAGUGUGGUGGCGUGUUAGCGAGUGGUUGUUCAGCUAUGGCUAACCUGGGUUGUGUCUUCCCAAAUGAUUAAAUCAAUCAGAUAAAACAUUACCUAAUUAAUAUGAAGAUGACAGAUUUUAGGUGAGUAUAAAGGAAAUCAACCCUAGACAUCACAUAUUUGACCCGUAGUCGGUCCCCCAAGCUCCCUUGGUCACAUCCCUGCUAUGGUUAUGAAAGGAAAACCACUGACUGCUUGCUCCGACUGACCUGCUCUGUCUAGUAGCCAUUCUCUGUUCUCUGGCCGUCCAGGCUUCCUUCCUGCCUUUGUGUCCAGCAGGGGGAAGGGGAGUGGGGACCGAGAGGGCGAUGGCCAAAUGAUUACAGCAAAAGGAGUGUGAAUGAAAGAACAGGAUGGAACUUGGUGUGGGUGGGGUUCCUUUUCACUGGUUCCUCCAAGUUGGUCCACAAAUUAGCUCUAAAUGCUCCGCUGUCAAACAGUGUUAAAUUCCCUGCAGUCACACACACACACACAUCUAAAGGCAUUGGGUUUGUUUGAUCUCCGUUCAACCGGAGCUGAGGUCAAGAAUAUCUUUAAAUGUUCUUCACAACAAGAUGACUAAUGGAGAUUUCAAUACAGAAUAAAUUGCCCAUUGGUGGUGACCAGAAACAUCCUCAUUGCAUUUGAAGAAGAGAUUAAGGGGAGACGAGUGGACGGAUAGAUUAGUGCAUGAAUAUGGAGCCCCAGUCAAACCCCCACGCCAUGUUUGCCAGGGCCAAAGGUUAAACAUAUCUUAGUGUGACUGAGAAAUGAUUUCUUUUAUCUCUAUUGUUUGGUCUUUGUUCGUGGCCAUCACCUCUGUGUGACCCCCAGUGGAAUUGUCAUGGUCACGUGAUGACCACGUGCGGCAGAGGAAGCGCAUACCACAGACAUGGUCUCUUCUCCCAUGGCUGUGUAUGUUGAACAGACAAAUGCUGAGGAUGAUGGGAACCAGAUGCCAAAUUUCGAAUGACGUCGCUUUGCUGUUCGAGAGAGUCCCAGAAAGAGCCCCUAACUUCUUCCUGUCAGCCUGGUUUCUUUCUGUCCUCUGUGCCUCACAUCCCCUUUCUCAUAAAGAUUCAGACCUUGUCUCAACUUCAGUCUUCAAUUAAUCUCGUUGUUAUGCUCGAGGACAGUCCCCCAUCCAAAGUCUCAGAAUUUUUUUUCAUAAUCGAUCCCUCUGCCUGCUCUCCUCCUCUCACCCACCCCAGCUCUGUUCUCUCUUGCAUUGCCUAUUGUCCACUUUCCGCUGUGGUGAGUAGGUUUCAGGUAGAGUGAUUUAUCAUGUGCAGGCAGAGUGAUAGACAAGCCCCCUCAAUUCCUCACGACACAUUCAUCACAG